AUGAGCCUCCCAGUGUCAAUGGAGGACACGGAGCUGUUUCCAAAUUGCAAGCUUUUAAAUGCCGAGCCAAGCGGGACAAGGAUAAAUUUGGAGGUUUUUGAGCAGAUGCACAAAUCUCUUCCCCGACUAUGGUGGUCUCGGCUCGUCAUAUCGGUUCGAGGCUAUGUGGUGAAUUACGUUGGCUCAGACGAUGAAACCCUUUUCCACGUUGAUGACGCCUUCAUUGCAAUCCAUCGAUUUUUAGCCGAAGAAAAAUCGGAUGCAAAUGCAGCAAAACAGUUUAUCCUCGACCUCGACUCCAUCCAUGGCUUCCCUAAUAUUAGCAAAGUCCUCGUCGGCCUCUGCACGGCAAAUGCGUCAAAUAAGAAUAUUUUCACAGAAUCACAGAUUUCCACGUCAUUACAACGAAUUUUCGGGGCCCCGAAUUCGAUCACCUAUCGCCUGGCGAACGGCCAGAAAUUUGCAUAUUUUGUUUUCCUGAACAUUCUUGGGAUUUUGCAACAAAGAUGGGCAGCAGAGCGGGAGAAGAAAAAGGGAAUACGUUUCGAAACGGACCCGGAAUGGCAGCCGGAUGAUCGGGUGGUGUUGUUUCAGGAGUUUUAUAAAGGAAAUCGAACUUGGGUACUACUCGAUUUUGAUCGGUACAUUUUGCAACAAUGGAAGCCGCAGGGCUCCAACAUCAUUUUUGGCGAUCGAUUUGUCGAGAAGAAAAAGCUGGCCGGCUACGAGUUGUGCUCAAAUUGCGGCAUGGUCGAGCAGCAGAAGGGGCAAUUCCCGAAAAAGGAAAACUACGCGUUUUGCAGCCCAGAGUGUCUGGAUGCUUUUGCAAAGGAGCACAGUAAA